AUGAGGUGGUACGGAGAUCUCAAAUGGCUUGUCGGGACAGUAGAUAACGUUGUUGUAGAAUUCCAUCUGGACAUUGUCGCCAUUGCUGUACAUGCGGCAAUCGUUCUGGAAGACGUUGUAUCGGACGAUCUGUGUCGCGCCACCUGGGGUUCCACAGCCAUCACAGUUGAGGAAUAUGCCUCCAGCAUUAUCGUGGCUGUAGUUGUACUCGACAGUGCAGGUCCCUUCAUUUCCCCAAUCGCAGUCGAAUGCCUCGCUGUCAAUAUCCGACAUGAGGGAGUUAUGAACCACAUUACGGCGCAUCACUGCGUCUUUGCAUCCCAGCACCCAGAUACCGGCGAAGUUGCCGCCUGUGUAUGGGUAUUUUCCAUAGCCGAGGAAUCCAGCGACGUUGGUCUCCAGCAGGGGGGCAUCACCGUAGGACACCACGACACCGUCACCGCCAACGUAGGAGAUGUCGUUUCCCCAAAUGUGAGUUCCGAUGCCGCGGUUAUCCAUCUGCCCGACACGCACCUUGAUGCCGCCACCUCCGCAGUCGUCUACUUGAUUGUUGUAGAUUCGAACGUCGUCAUAGCGACUGGUGCCUGCGGUCCCAUUCACGAGAAUACCCGCAGAAGCGAUGUAUGCAGCGGACUGGGUGGCCUUGUUCGUCUCGCCGGCCACAUCGUACACAGAAAUAUCAUGAAUGUAGAGACCGUAAUGAACGGUGCCGUCAUUUGA